UAAUUAGAUGAACGGCGGCCGGAAUAAUUGGGUACGGCCACUCUGUGUAGUCACCACCGCAAUAUUCGCCGGAAAAUGGUUCCGUCGGAAAUACGACAUGUCGCUGUAAAUACGGUCUAAGAGAGAGAAACAGAGCACGAGGCGGGCACGUGGUGUUGAUUGGAAGAAGAACGGCGCUAUAAAUUAGAGGAAAGAAGAGUCGUCGGAACCGAAUCGCCGAUUAUUUGGUUCUUUUUUCUUCCCCUUUAUCUUUGUUUGACUGAGAGUUUUGUGAUUCAUGGGAAUGGAUGAACGGUGGAGAUUUCGCCGGCAGAGGCUGCGAUGGGUGGUGCUAGCGGCGGCGAUGUUGAUUUUUCAGAGUAUGAGACAUUGUUUUUCUUUGAACGAUGAAGGUUCGGCGUUGUUGAGGAUUCGGGAAGGGAUUUUGAGAGACCCUUUUGGUGGUUUGUGGAAUUGGAAGGAUAAUGAUGAGGAAUUUGAUCAUUGUUCUUGGUUUGGUGUGGAGUGCUCCGAGGGGAAAGUGGUGAUACUGAACCUUAAAGAUCUGUGUCUUGUCGGAGAAUUGGCACCAGAAAUGGGCAGAUUGUCGCAUAUAAAAUCCAUCAUUCUUCGAAACAACUCAUUUUAUGGAGGAAUUCCCCAGGAAUUUGGGCAGCUGCUUGAGCUAGAGGUUUUGGAUUUGGGAUUCAAUAACUUGUCGGGGUUGUUUCCUUUGGAUCUUGGCAAGAACUUGUCUCUGACAACCUUGCUUCUUGAUCAUAAUGAAUUCAUUACCCAAACUCCAGAGAAUCAUGUUAACACGGAUCGAAGGAGUCUGCUAUCCCCGGCACCAUCAGAAUCUCUGCGACGUUCGUUCGUUUCGUUACCGCCGUCUUCGUUUGCUUCGUCGUUAUCUCCAUUACCGCCUUCAGAUCCACCAUUAACUCCUGAAGUAUCUCCCACAAAGCCUCCAGCUCCAUGGUGGUCAGCACCAGCUCCUAGCCUUCAUUUGAGUCCUGCACCGGCAUCUGCCCCAAGUCUACACUCACCGGUUCAUGUUCUCACACCGCCUCACUCCCACAGGGCUCCGCCUCGUUCCUUAGCUCCGUCUCCGAGUCUGAUUGGAGGGAGUAAUAAGAAAAAAGAUCACAGAAUUCCAAUAUUGGCAGGAAUUAUAUCAGGGUCAUUGUUCUUUAUUGUUAUCAGUGUUGGAAUUUUGAUAUUCAGAAGCAGUAAAGUUGUUACUGUGAAGCCUUGGGCCACUGGUUUGAGUGGACAGCUGCAGAAGGCAUUUGUAACAGGUGUCCCGAAGCUCAGGCGAUCCGAGCUUGAAGCAGCUUGUGAAGACUUCAGCAACAUAAUCGGCUCCUUUUCGGACAUCACUGUCUAUAAGGGAACUCUUUCCAGUGGAGUUGAAAUAGCUGUGACAUCAACUGCAGUGACAUCAAAUGCAGAUUGGUCAAAAACUAAAGAAGAACAGUUCAGGAAAAAGGUCGAAACUUUGUCGAGGGUCAACCAUAAGAACUUCGUUAGUCUCGUCGGGUUUUGCGAAGAAGCACAGCCGUUUACAAGGAUGAUGGUUUUUGAAUAUGCUCCAAAUGGAACUCUGUUUGAGCAUCUUCACAUAAAAGAAGCUGAGCACCUGGACUGGGAGACGAGACUACGAAUAGCAAUGGGUGUAGCAUACUGCUUAGAACAUAUGCACCAGCUCAACCCGCCCGUCGUACACAGACAUCUUUGUUCUUCGUCUGUGUACCUGACCGAAGACUAUGCUGCCAAGUUGUCUGAUUUCAGCUACUGGAGUGAAGAAACAGCAGCAAAGUUAGGAUCCGCUACGGUCGAGCUCCUGGAAACGUCACCUGCAGAUUCAGAAAGCAAUGUUUAUAGCUUUGGAGUAAUUUUGUUGGAAAUGAUUACAGGUAGAAUUCCAUUCUCGGUUGAUGAUGGCUCUCUUGCAGAUUGGGCAGUAGAGUUUGUGAAGGGGGAAGAGUCAUUAAGAGAGAUGGUUGAUCCAAUUCUAAGCUCCUUCAAAGAAGAACAGCUCGAGAGUUUGUCUCGAGUGAUAAAACGGUGCAUCCAGCCCGAGCCGAAGCAAGGACGGAGGAUGUCGGAGAUUGCUGCAAGGUUGAAAGAAAUCACAGCAUUGGAGCCUGCUGGAGCAACACCAAAGGUAUCUCCUCUGUGGUGGGCAGAACUUGAAAUCAUAUCUACAGAAAGUUAAGUUAUGGUAUCGUUUCUUGGGGAGUUUCAAAAUUCUUUUGUUGAUUGUAGCAAUUGGUUGUUUGAUGAGGAAGAAAAGUUUCAAAAGGCAGUAAAAAUAGCAGCAGGGGUGAGUAGCAGGGAGAAUGCAAAGUGGUAAGAAAUGAUAUUUGUACAUAAAACAAGCUCUGCUAAGGCUAUGUUGUAAGAGCUCCACAACAUGAAUAUGUAUAUGCCUCUUUCUUCAAAGAUAAUGAUUAUGGUUUUGUGUGUGCCAUUUUUGUU